AUGUCCAAGAAGCUGCCACUAAUGUUCAUAUCUUCAUUUAGCUAUCAUCAAGCUCUUAUCCUCUCGCCGAGUGACCAACUAGGCGUUCAAUACGGCAAAGUUACUCACACAAUUUUUGUCAGGCCACUUGAGGAUCCUUUCUCAAACUUCGCAUACCUCACCGUGUGCCUGAACACAGCAUCUCAGUUGCUCACUGAGAAAACGGGAAGCCGCUCGACUCUGAACAGUCUAAUCUUACCCCCCUUCUACGACAGCGGCGUCUUGCAGACUAUCCUUUUGCUAUUCAACCGCUACGUUGAUCAAACUGACUCGCUCUUGAAGGAAGAAGACCGCACACCAGCUCAGAACGUCUUGCUGGUCCAUCUAUACGGUGGCUUGAAGGUCGCCCUCGAUUUACUACACACCCUCUGCUCAUCAACUGCGCUAUUGGAGUCCCCUCAUGCUGUUUUACUGCAAAGCUGGAAGGAUCUGGUCGACCCCCCAAUUGAUGCUCCCGGAUUGCUGAUCUCGAUGCGUGCAAGGAUCUUCGCUGACAUCCAACGUCUGUGGCGCGCCGACUGGUUGAAAACUGCGCCCCCCAACGUUGUCCGCGGAGUUGUAAAGAUUUUGCUUGAUAUCAUCAAGGCUGAUGGCGAGGCUUUGCCAGAGCCAACUCCGGUUGGCCCUUUUACCACUGUUGGAAACUUGAUGGGCACCACCAAUACCUCUUGA